UUCUUGACAAAGCGCAAUGACGUUCGACUGAGGACGGUGGUUUUCGUCCGUGCGGGUCGCGAAGUCUGGCGAUUUUGUGAGAAUAUUAUUUAUUUCCGAGUAUACCGGUGUCUCGGGCUCCGCGAGUCGCGAUGGCGGACGAGGAGAAUAACUGUGACGAUGGUGGUGGUGAAAUGAAGGUGGAUCAGGCGCUCCGCUUGCGAGGCCGGAAGGGUGCCCUCAAGAAGAAGAAUGUUUACUUCGUGAAGGACCACAAGUUCAUGCCGAGGUUCUUCAAGCAGCCGACGUUCUGUUCCCACUGCAAGGAUUUCAUAUGAAUUCCCUGAAGUUGUUCCUGUGUAUCCCAGAAUCCCAGGAGUUGACUUACUUUGUCAGAAUUUUCUCUAAAUUUUCUAAUUUCUGAGAAUGAGUGAAAAACGAAAAACAGC